AUGGGAGACAUUGGCGUAGCCUUGUCUGCCGAUCCUCAUGAGGAUACGUUUGAAGAGCCUCGCAGCUCCUAUAAAUGGUUCGCGUCGGUUUUAGCGUUCCUGGUUAUAGAUUUCGAAAUUCUAUUGCAGACUUUAACAGAGUUGUCCGGAGGCAAACGAGUCACACUAGAUUCUUCUUUUUUGGAGCUGCACAACGACGCCGGUGGCUCACCGAACAAGACGCAUCAGUGGACGAAUGGUCACGAUAAACGAUGUGUACAAUCCGGCGAUUUGGUCGCUCUUCCGUGGUCAUCCUCGGACUCACUGCACGAGAAAAACAAUAUAGACUGUUUGAUAUGGAUGUCUGCCCACGUGGCGGUGAUCGAGGUCAUCCUGCGUAUUCAUCUAUCUCAGAUAGUGACUCAGAAAAGGAUGAUUGAUGCUCUAAGUGUGACGAUCUUCAUUAGUCCUCGGAUCCCGCUGCCCGGCAGUGUGCAUGAAGAAAUUGAAUCGACCAAUCGAAGUAUCGUUUCAGAUCUCAGACUGUACAGAGCCCGAGACAUGAUACCAUCUCCAGACUGUACAGAUUGGUUAGAAAAUCAUCUACUGGACGAUGAAUCAAGAAUGCAUGUGGAUUCCAUCUCGUCGAGUGCUUCAUCGAACACCAUUGGUUCAGACACGGUGGAUGAUACUGCCGAUCGAUUUUUACGUGGACUAGCAAUGGCCAAUCUUCUAGCAUUGGCUUUUCAUUUCUAUCGUCCGGAACUGGCACCGGAAGAGGAUUUUUAUUUCAAUUUCGGUCCCGGCGGUGAACUGGAACCGGCCGCAUCUCAUCACAAUGCGCGGACAGUGGCUUCCAUCUGUCGAGCCCAAUCGGACGAGUUGCUCAAUCUGCUAGCAUUGAUGCCCCCGGCGUGCUAUGACACACACGAUCAGGAAGCGCAUCGACGUUCGGUUACACUGAAUCACGUCACACUGCUCGGAUUUUGUUCCCAAGGCUUGGCACGUUCACCGGCCCACCGUCGGCUACAAAAUGCCACUUUGGCCGCAGAACUAUUUGUAUGGGUCUCGCGGCAAGCUCCGGAUCGACAAAUUCCACCGAUUCGUGUGAGUCAUGUUUUAUCUGGCGAUCUUCACGAAUCGAACAACCACGUAAAUCAAACUAACCUCUGCCCUGGUCCCAAUCACGCGACCACGCCCACAACUGUCCCCGUGUAUCGAUCUGCCUUGCCUCGAACGGAAUCCGAAUAUUCCGCACCUCUGUACGGGGAAAUCACACACGAUCCAUACUAUUCGUCCACGGGUAUGGAAACGUAUCGAUUGACCGGACAUGGUCAUGAGUUAGCACUCAACACAGACCACGUGUCACGUGAGAGGCCAGACACGCAGGCGGGAAACCACAGUCCGGAUUGUUUCAAUCGACCAACAGAUUCUUUCACCCAACCAUUCACUUGUGUUACUGACGUGCUUACAACUACUGGUGGUGGAAUGUUCUACGCGCCUACAGUUCCCCCAUCGGACAACGGAUUCCCUAAACCGUUUCGAUUAGCUGAUCGUACGGGAGGAAGUCAGCAGAUGGCGUCCUCGGGAUUAACCGAACAGAACAAAGUGACGAUUAUGCAACCCGGCAGUUGUAAACCAGAUAAUGGUUUUACACUGAAUUUUGAGGUUAAGUAUGUGGAUAGCGUUCUCUGA